CAGGAAAUCACACAGGGCUCAAAUAAAAUAAGGAACUAGUAGUAUCGACAACAGUUCAGCGCAGAAACUUAAGAGAAGAGGUGAAAGGCCAGGUGAAAGGCGGUCGAAAUACUCUUGCGGUGAGAGCUCAAGGUUAUUGACACACACAAUGAUAUUAAAAGCUGGGAGCCUAUGACUAUGAGUCUUUGAGCGUCAGUUGGCAUGCAUGCCCGGAAGUAGUUUUGCGGGCCCGCAGUCGCUCACCGUGUUAAGGAUGGCCGAGCUAGGACAGCUUGAGCGAGCGAAGCGAAGGCGGCUGCAGGAGGCGUAUGGGGACCUACGGCCGGCGCCCAGCGGCCCGGAUCGGCAGGCCAAGCUGAGAGACCUGCUAACGGGCGCCAUGGCAGACGCAGGCGUCAGCGCCGCCCUGGGCUCAGGGUCAGCCGCUGCCGCCGCCGCGGCCGGCAGCCCCGCCAGUUUGGAGGCUACCCAGGCCCUCGCAGCGGCUGCCGCCGCCAACCUUGCAGCAGUCAUCUCCAGCGAUAAGCGGAAGCCUGCAGCGACCGGGCGCCGAGCUGCCCUGACAGCUGCAGCGGCUACAGGAUCUGGAUCUGCAAGCCUGACCACCGCUAGUGGGUUAUGGGCAGCGCCUGGCGGCGCCGCUUCACCAUCGGCUGCAUGGGCCUCCCCCUUGGGUGCCUAUGGCACCGGCCAAGGCCCCAAGACAGCAGCAGGCGGAGCCGCUGUAGCAAACGGUGCCGCAGGCUCCUGUGCAAGUGGCGGAGUCCGCAGAGGUGGUGGCGGGGCCGGAGGCAACCCACAACGCGCGCCGCCGCCAGACGCCAUGGCUGGCGGCUUCAUACCCGACACGGACCCCAUCACCCGCCUCAGCCACUUGCCCACGGCCGUAGCAGUGCUGCAGCGGUCAGGCACGCCUGGCGGCAAUAGCAUGGGCGCCGGGAGAGGCGGCGCAGGCGCGGGCUUGAGGGUGGCGGCGGGGCUGGCAUCGCGUUUGGCGGCCGGCGGCGCCGCGGCGGGCGCGCGGCCGAGCGGCGGCGGGGGCACGUCGGCGGUGCUGGCAGCGGCGGCGGCAGCGGCGGCGGCAGCUCGGGCGGCUGCUGAGGAGGACGCAAUGCUGGCAGAGGCAGAGAUGCCCAGUGAUAUCGAGCUGGCGUUGGUGUCGCUCAGGACGGACUUCCGCGCGCACGCCGCCUGCGCGGGCCUGCCGCCGCUGGCGCUGCGCAGCCAGCUGGCGGCGGCGGGGCUGCGCGACCGCGGCUCCCUGGAGCAACAGCUGGACGAGCAGCGACAGGCGGGGCGCGUGCGGCUGUUCAGGCUCCCCACAGGCAAGGACGAGUUUGGCAUCUUGUUGACGUCCGACUACAAAGACAUCGUAUGGCGAGCAGCAGAUGAGGCAGCUGCCGCCGCCGCCGCCACCGCCGCUGCAGUGACGGCAGCGGCAGCAGCAACAGCAGCAGGGGCUGGUGCAGGCGCUGGGGCGUCAAACAGUAACAACGCUCACGGCGGUGCGGGGGUGAGCACACCUGCAAGUAGUGGCAGGGCAGCGGCAGCAGACAGGGGGCGGGCCUACCAAAGCCAGGGGCCAAACGGGGCCGACCCGGCAGCGCGGGUGCUGUCGUAUGGGGCUUACGGCAGCGCCGAAGACUACGAACACCCCAGCAACCACCAGGGGCACGCGUACGGCAACGGUGGCAGCGGAUCGGGCGCUGGGGGCUUUGCCAGCGGCGGCGCCGGGGGAGGAGGAGGAGGACGUGUGCCAGGCAGCGGCAGGGCCAGCAAGUGGCACGCGGCAGCAGAAGCGUUCCUGGAGCGGGUCGUGGACAGAUACUAUGAUUUUGAGCUGUCUUCAGAUCACUUGAUGCGACUGCUUCUGUCGGGGCCAGGGCCCGGCGCUGCCGCAGCCAGCGUGGCGUCAGCGCUUAGCCAGGCGGGAGCAGGCUCGGCCGCGGCGAGGCAGGCAGCAGCGGCAGCGGCUGAUGCGGCGGGGCCGUCCACGGCUGCGGAAAUGGAGGAUGUGGUGAGCCUGUUGCUGCACCUGGGUUGCCUGGGUCGGCACACGGACGGCGACGCCGACGCUUACGUGCUGGCAGUGCCGGGCGCGGGCAAGGUGGUCAAGUCAAUCGCUGAUGGCAGGCGUGAGCUGCUGAUGUGGUUGUCCAAGCGGCAACACCAGGAGGCACAGGAGAAGACGAUAUGCGAGACGCGGCUACAGCGCAGCUGCUUGCCGCCUCUGUACCAUAUUCGAGACUUGGUGGGUCGCGGCUCGGCACGCCGCAUCGAGGCCGCAGUCGGCCCCAUGAUCAAGCUUACGCCGCUCGGGGUGACCGCGGCCGCCGCCGCUUCGUCGACUGGGAAAAGGCCCUCACCUGGCGUCAGGCGGCGGCAGCACACUUAGCUGGUGCGCGUGCAUUCUGAAGUAGGUUGAAGGGCACAUGAUAAUAUAUGUGAGUAGUUGACAAUUAGCGACUGGCGUAGAGCGUCAGCUCAGCAUCCACACAAGCGGGGCCCAGGCAAGGCUGGUGUGGGCAGCUGGUACGGUACUCUCAAAUCGUAAAGACAUGUGUGCAUGGCGGGUCCCGGCUGUAUGGGGGACGGAUGCCCGCUAAUGUACCGUAUGCGGUGGUGCGUGCUAAGCUUCCCUGCACGCGCGGCACGGAUGAAGGGCACCUGGGGAGCAGCAGGGGGCAACAUUUGUGUUGUGUGUGAGCACGACGUGCAUUCCUGUCCCUGUAGAAACCGAGGCCCGGGCCGGGGGGGGGCUUAUAACGCCUGCGACACUUAUAUGUGCAGCUAGUUUGGUCCCCGAAUGGGAGUCCUUUUGCUCCUGUGCUCCCAGAUGGAAUCUAGUAACGCGGCUAACCUGGCUGGGUCCGUAUUCUGCAUAACGGCUGCAUCCCUCCUGUAAAUUGACCCGUAC